AUGUCUUCGCGAGCGCUGCGGCGAGCCCAGCGGGAACUUGAAGAGAAGCAAAUUCGCGAGCGGCUAGCCCAGGAUAGCCAGGAUGAGGACGAGUCAGAGCCCGAGGUGGCACUAAAGACGGCCGCGAAACCGAGCCUGUUUGCCAUGCUAGGUGACGGUGGCGACGAUGAGGAGGGGGGCGACGACGACGACGACGACGAUGAAGAUGCAGAGCGUGAGACUGAAGCUGAUGCCGGCGGCUCUGACGACAAAGCAGCGCCCGCCCCAAAGCCAUCCAAGAAGAGCAAGAAAAAGAAAAAGAAAGCAAAAUCAAAGGGCAAGGCUGCGGCGACAGUCGCGAGUGAUACUCGCACCAAGAGUCGCUCAGAUUUGGAUGAAAUCGACCAGGCAUUGCUUGCACUCAGUUUGACUGCCAACGGCCAGGCCGGCGCCGAGUCGGACCAACAAGGUGCGGCAGUCAGCGAGGAGAAGAAGCAGUUGUUUUCGGCGCUGAGCGUCGACACGCAACACCUGCACUCGGCCAACGAGAUGAAGAAACUCUUUGGCCGAGCUGCGCUGCAAAAUGUCGAGGACGAAGGGCGCCCUCGACAGCGGGGUCACCAAGGGGGCAUUGCGGCCGCAAUUGCAGGACGCCAUGCUCCUGGUGGCCGAAAUCUUGCCUCCCUGGGUCUUCGUAGGAAUAUCUUCAUUCAGGGCAAGGAAGAGUGGCCGCGUGCUACAUCUGGCGGGCUCGGGAUGGAAAUUGUCGAGAAGCGCGCCGACGGCACCGUUGAGUACAAGUUUGUGCAUAAUCGCACGUAUCAAGACGUCCAGCGGCAGUUCCAAGUAUGUGUGGCAAGCAUGGAUCCUGAACGCAUGAUUUCACUCCUCCAGCACAAUCCAUUCCACAUCUCGACACUGCUGCAGGUCUCUGAGAUUGCGAAGCAACAACGCGAGAAUGCCGCUGCGUCCGACAUGCUAGAGCGUGCGCUGUUUACCUUUGGUCGCUCUGUGCACUCGACCUUUGCUGCUAACCUCGCUGCUGGAAAAGCGCGCCUGGACUUUCGCCGUCCAGAGAACCGCGAGUUCUGGCUUGCGGUAUGGCGCUAUCUGGGAGCAUUGAGUACUCGCGCGACAUGGCGGACGUCAUUUGAAUGGGCCAAGCUGCUACUCGCCAUGGACCCCGAGCAAGAUCCCUACUGUCUCCGACUCCUCGUUGACCAGCUGGCUUUGAGAGGUCGCGAGCCCGAAGGACUGGUUCACAUUGUUGAAUCGGAUUAUCUGCAGCGGCAGUGGAAGAUCCCGCCAAAUCUCGCUUACAGUGUUGCGCUCGCUCACGAUCGCAUGAAGGAGCCGCAGAAGGCUCGCUCGGCGCUUCGCAACGCCAUCAAAGAGUACCCGUGGAUAGCAGCGAGACUGUGCAAGGAGCUGGACAUUUCGCCAAUACCAAAAACAGUGUGGGGCAAGGAACCCAACAACGAUUACCAGGAGCUGCUCUGUCAGAUGUAUGUGCCCAAGGCAAAAGACUUGUGGAACACGACAGAAGGCACCACUCUGCUGGUCGAGAUGUGUUAUGCAUUCGACGAGGAACUGGGUGCAGGCGAAGACCCGUACUGGCUCGCGCAGAUAGCAGAGAAUGAUAUCGCGAGGCACGUCAUCUUGUCGGACAACCAAGCGCUCAUGUCGCUUCUCGAUGUGCGGAUCAAAUCAAAGUACACGUCAGUGUCCGACCCACUGCCACCCGACGACAACUUGGAGUCGUAUGAGGCUUCAGCAAGCGGCACUCACACAAGGCGGCCACCCGACGCAGAAGCACAGCAGCUGCUAUUAGUGGAUUUGGAGCAGCAACGGGAAUACUUUGAGAGGGUGGGAAUCGAGCGGCUGAUGCAGCGGGGGCUGACGGAGCAGAACCUGAUAGAGGCGCUGGAGGAGGCGAACAGCAGCGUCGAGGAGUUCCGGAGCCGCACCGAGCGGUUCCAGUUCAUACGCGCGAUGCUUCAGCAGGCCGGAGUGCAGGUCGUGUUUGACGAACAGGCGGGCGGGCGGGAGGUGGGGACGGGGUCUGAGACGGAUGAAUAGCGGCGAUCCAGUGCAUGUG